AUGGCUUUUUAUGACAGAUUCGUUCUCUUCCUCUGUUUGACUUUAUGCACCUAUUCCGUUCUUGCAUCAACCCCAACAGGUGACUGGAAAGGCAUCGCCGCCAGCCUGCGCAGCACCUUGGAUGCCAUCGAGCUAUCUCACGCGCAACAUCUCCCCCGAUCUGGAGGAUCACGUUCACGGAGAGACGCGAUAUUUCGAGCAGGUCCUUCAGGCUAUUGGAGACCUUUGGCUCCCAGCCAGCGGCCAAACUCCUCGGAAGACUUCUCGGAGCAGCUGGACCAGCUUGUAGGCGAAAUUGGAAGUGCAGUUGAACAGCUUAUCGAGUUGCUUGCAUCGGAGUUCAACUUUGGAACGUUGUCAACUACACUUCCCACGCCGCCACAGACAACUAUAUUCCCCAUCACGGAUAUUAACACUACUCCUUCGGGCUCGACGAUUCUGACAAGCUAUGCAACUUCCAGCCCCAUCAAUACCGCACCGUUCACCUCAUCGAUUCCUUCGCCGACUGCAACGUCCACAUUCAACCCACAAGCCCCGGACCUCAAUGUGGUCUACUACUCGCAAACGGACCUGACGCCUGUCAUCUCACUCGCCCAGAUCUGCAACGACCCUGCCGUGGACGUCGUGAUCCUCGCCUUUGUUACAAGUCUGAUCUCUAAUGGCGGAUAUCCAGCCAUGAACAUGGCCUCGAAUUGUUGGGCGCCCCACGCGGCUCAACAGGCUGCUGGAGCCACGGGGCUUCUGGACUGCGUCGGUGACGGCUUCUCAAGCAUGAUAGCUACGUGCCAGCAACAAGGCAAGAAAGUGCUGCUCAGUCUCGGCGGGUCUGUGGGAACUCUCACGAUGUCGAGCCAGGACCAAGCGGUCGAGGUCGCGAAUACUCUAUGGAGUUUAUUCUUGGGGGGUUCGAAUGCUACCCUGGCGCCUCUGAGACCCUAUGGAAACAUAGUGCUGGAUGGUAUUGAUAUUGAUAACGAGCUCCCCUCUGCCGCGACAUAUAUCCCGACAUUAGUGUCGACGCUCCGCCAACUCAUGGGCUCCGACUCUUCCAAGUCAUACUACCUCUCGGCAGCGCCCCAGUGCCCCCGGCCGGACGCCUCCAUCCCCGUCGCGAGUCUGCUCAACUACAUUGACUUUUUCAGCGUGCAAUUCUACAACAACCCAUCCUGCCAACUCAGCUCGGGGCAAGGGUUCUUUGACUCCUUACAGGCCUGGUCCGCGGACCUCCAGGCGCUGAAUGAUACGCUGAGCAGCACGCGCAGGAACAAGAGAUCUUCACGUGGUGGCGCUGUUCUGCGAAUUCGACAAGAGGCCUCCCCGGACAACACAUUCUACAACAUUAACAACGGCAUCACGUCCCCGCGGCUGCUGAUCGGAACGCCUGCAUUUCCCGCGGCGGGGAGCGGCUAUGUCGACGUUGCGACUUACAAAUCGAUUCUCGAGCAGGUUAAGAACAUGAGUCUGCCGAACCUAGCGGGCGCCAUGUUCUGGGAUGGCGCGUAUCAGGAGGUCAGCGCGCAGGAGGUGCCUGACGGCGACGGUGGUAGUCAGAACGUGACUUUUGCGCAAGUGGUCAGGGAGGUUUUGGCGCAGUGA